AUGUGCAAGGCUGGUUUUGCCGGCGACGACGCCCCGCGCGCCGUCUUCCCCUCCAUCAUUGGCCGGCCGCGUCAGCCGGGCGUGAUGGUCGGGAUGGGGCAGAAGGACUCGUACGUUGGAGACGAGGCGCAGUCCAAGCGCGGCAUCCUGACGCUUAUUCUGAUCGCUGCAGUCCGGCAGGCGAAGAGGCAGGGCCUCGCUCUAGUCACCAGUUGUGGCAACAGCGGCUACAGGGGAGUGUGCUACUGCCCGAAGCAGAAAGGCCGCAAGAAGUACCAGCUGCAGGUGAGGGUUGGCGGCAAACUAGUCACCCUCGGCUGCUUCGCCACCGCCGAGGAGGCGGCGCUGGCGCGUGCGCGGCACCUGUGGGACGCGACCAUCCGACUGCUCGAGCCGCAACCGCAGCGAGCACCGCCGCAAGGCGCAGCAGGGCCGUCAGAGGCCAGCAGCGUCGAGGAGGAGGACGGCUUCGACCCGGCGGACAUUGCCGAUGCCGUGGCUCUCUCGCUGCUCUCCGACCCGCCGCCUUCCGCGAGCGAGCAGCGGGCGGCGAGGCGGCGGGCGCGCGCAGCAGAGCAGGCGGCGGCGGCGGAGGCUGCAGCGGCGGAGGGUGCUGCCCCGCCAUGGGACGACGAGGUGGAGGUGGAGGCGGAGCAGGAGAGCGACAGUGAGGAGUCGUCGGAGAUGGAGGUGGAGGCGGCUGCCGCAGUUGCGGGCGUGUCCGCAGCUACAGCAGCAGAGGAGGAGGCCCUCGAGUGCGUUAUUUGCUUGGACGACCUCAGCGCACACCCCGAGGCGCGCCUGCAGCCUCGCGACCCUAAGGGCUGGGGCGCCACGCGCUGCUGCAAGAGCCUCUUCCACUACCACUGCCUGCACACUUGGCUCAACGACGACAGCGAGGUCGAGACGAGCUGCGGGAUGGAGCCGAUCAACACGGCUUGCCCCGGCUGCCGAGGCUUCGUGUCGAAGUCGACGUCACGCAUGCUACGCUAG